UACAAUUAAGUGCACCAGUGAGAGCAUCGCCAGCUCUCUCUCUCUAUAUAUAUGAGUAAGUAAGUACGAGUUUGAGAUAAAAUACAGCAAGCAACAAUGGCUUCUAUGCCUGGAAUUCUCACUGACUGGCCAUGGAAGCCGCUCGGGAGCUUUAAGCAUGUGAUAUUAGCACCCUGGGCCAUUCAAAACACUUACUCUUACGUGGUUAGAGGAGAAAAUGGCCUCGCACCCGCUCUCGUUUUCCCAUUUUUGUUGUUGAGAAUGAUCCACAACCAGUUAUGGAUCAGCCUUUCUCGCUACCGGACAGCCAAAGGGAAUAAUCUGAUCGUCGACAAAGCCAUUGAAUUUGAUCAAGUUGAUAGAGAAAGAAACUGGGAUGAUCAAAUAUUGUUCAACGGAAUCCUUUUCUAUAUCGGCGCCAUGCUAAUUCCAGGGGCCAAGGAUUUGCCUCUGUGGAGAAACGACGGCGUAAUAAUAACGAUGUUGCUUCAUGCGGGACCUGUGGAGUUUCUUUACUAUUGGUUACAUCGGCUUCUCCACCACCACUAUCUCUACUCCCGCUACCAUUCCCACCACCAUUCCUCCAUCGCCACCGAGCCUAUCACCUCUGUGAUUCACCCAUUUGCGGAACACAUAGCAUACUUCGUGCUAUUUGCAAUACCAAUGUUGACAACGUUGUUUAAUGGAACGGCAAGCGUGGUAAGCUUAACUAUUUAUGUUCUUUACAUCGACUUCAUGAACAAUAUGGGCCACUGCAACUUCGAGCUCAUCCCCAAAUGGCUAUUUUCAAUUUUCCCUCCUCUCAAGUACUUCAUGUACACCCCAUCGUUCCAUUCUCUUCAUCACACUCAGUUCCGAACCAAUUACUCGCUUUUCAUGCCCAUUUACGAUUACAUCUAUGGCACAGUAGACAAAUCUUCUGAUACCCUUUACGAAAAUUCACUCAAAAGAAAAGAGGAAGUCCCUGACGUCGUGCAUCUUACCCAUAUUACCACUCCCCAGUCAAUCUAUCAUCUACGCUUGGGAUUUCCCUACUUGGCCUCCAGCCCCGAGACACCAAAAUGGUACCUCUGCUUAAUGUGGCCUGUCACAAUGUGGACCAUGAUGUUCACUUGGAUUUAUGGUCGCACAUUUGUAUUUGAGAGGCAUCGCCUUGACAAACUCCGAUUACAAACCUGGGCCAUAUCCAAAUACAACAUCCAGUAUUUAAUGCAAUGGCAAAAUCAAUCUAUUAAUCAAAUUAUUGAAGAAGCUAUACUUGAAGCUGACGAAAAAGGCGUUAAAGUGUUGAGCCUUGGUCUCUUGAAUCAGGGGGAAGAGCUGAAUAAAUAUGGUGAACUUUAUGUCCGUAAGCAUCCUACGCUGAAAACAAAGGUGGUGGAUGGAAGUAGUCUAGCAAUUGCUGUUGUGCUUAGUAGCAUACCUAAAGGAACCACCCAAGUUCUUCUUAGGGGACGGCCCAAUAAGGUCGCCUGUGCCAUUGCCUUGUCCCUGAGCCAGAGGGGAAUCCAGGUAGCAACUACCCACAAGGAAGACUUUGAGAAGUUGAAGGCAUCAUUUGGCCGCGAGUCUACCAAUAAUCUAGUUCUUUCAAAAAAAUAUACUGUGAAGACAUGGCUAGUGGACGAUGCAUUGAGUGAAGAGGAGCAAAUGAAAGCAACAAAAGGAACAGUAUUUAUUCCCUUGUCCCAAUUUCCACCAAAGAAAAAGAGAAAGGACUGCUUUUACCAUAGCACCCCAGCAUUGGUGGCACCCGCUUCUCUUGAGAACGUGGACUCUUGUGAGAAUUGGUUGCCAAGAAGGGUGAUGAGCGCAUGGCGAGUAGCUGGAAUAGUGCAUGCCUUAGAAGGAUGGAAUGUGCAUGAGUGCGGCAACUCCAUUUUCGAUGUUGACAAAGUUUGGCAAGCAGCUGUUCGACAUGGCUUUCAACCUCUGGCUAUUACAACUGCUUUUCGCUCUAAUUAAACUAUAGUUUGUGAAUUUACGCUACUGCGCUCUGUAUCUUGGCACAAUAUAAACUUAUAUGAUUUAAUAUAUAUUAAAAAAACUAGUUUAUGAAUUUAGUGC